UGCUCGAGAAAUUGAUGCAGAGCGAGUGAAACGAUGACAUGAUGAACUUGUGAGCCAAGAGGAGUGAUACCCGGAGUAACAACAACGGCAAAGAGCUGGUGACUUUGAGGUUUUGAGCGUCGAGGAUCGCUCCUCGGAUGAUGUACAAGGUCCCUGGAGCCACGUGUCCGUGGCUGUGGCUCCACGCCGCCAGCCAGCUGAUGACAGCGGCUGACAGUGGCCUAUGAGCAGCACUAGAGGACAGUGAUGGUGGUGGUGCUGCUGUGGGACCUUCACUGCUAUCCACACGAGGAGGAAGUGGCACUAUUCUAGAGCAUGGCUCGCCACAGUCUAUAAGAACACUCUGAUUAUUCUCCAGACUCUUGCUGCUGCUGCCAGUGCAAGGAACGGGACAACGGCUUUGGUGUGGAUUUGGAUAACUUGAUGGGCUCCACAAAAGUGCUGGCGCUGGCUCAGCUGUGGUGCCCUCGAUAGCUGCAAGCAUGGCGAGAGAAACUGUGCACUCUCGGAAGAUCUUCUGACGCACAUUUCUCGUUGAAAGUACUGAAGGAAGAAGGCUUGCUGGCUGGCUGGCGGGCUCAUGGCUAAGCGGGAAUCGGAUCUUCAAGUCUGUGUGUACAGGACGGGGUAGAGACUGAUGCUGCUGCUGCCCAGCAUGGAGAAUCGACUUAUUCUGUUGGCCACAGGCUUUGUAAAACUAUAACAUACGUGUCGUGAGGCAGCGAUGGAAUUGUCCUUGGAAGGACCGAGCGUUAAUGCCCAAUGAGCCUAGGCUGUAACGAUCAGAGUCUUGGGCCAUUCAUUGCUGCUAGUGCAAGUGCAAGUGUCUUGGUGACUGUCCGGGAGGGAGGUCGGCAGACAUGGCAACGACGACAGUUUCCAGUCGCCAGCUUUUUUCCCCGACCUCCUACCCCAGAAGCAGAUAUGGUACAUUCGCUCUCGCAAAGAAUGAUCGUACACAAAAGCGAAAGACGAGAAUUUCAACACCUGGAAAGGGAUUCGACUCCGACAUAGAAAGACGGAGUUCUGACAGAGUUGUUCCACUGGAAGAAUCUGAGAGCAAGACGAGAGAUUCGAAGCUGAAUCUGGCUGUGGAAGAGAAUGGAAAAAUUGGAUCCAAUCAAAUUACAGAUGAAAGCAUGUACGCUCCCCUUCAGAGAGGAGUCGUUUUGAAAUCAUGCAUUGGUACAUCUGCAACUCUCGCUUUAGCAGGUUUCCUCGUACGACAGGCCUCUCACACGGCUGCUACAAGUGGUUGGUCGGUUCCAGACUGCAUGUUAUUGAUGCCGUAUACGACAGAACUGUGGCAUAUCAUACCAACUGUAGGUGUGGUGGUGCUUGUCUCUGCCCUUCGACAAAUUUUCAUAAGGAUAUGGCCAGAUUUCGCUGCAUCGAGUGAAGUCUCCAACUGUCGGGUACUUGGAAACUUGAAACCAGUUGAUUACUUUACAGUGGCCUAUCUAUCUGGCAUUAGUGAGGAGCUUCUGUUUCGUGGGGCGCUGCUACCAGCACUUGGACCCGAUUGGAGGGGUGUCUUGGGAGCGGGAAUCAUAUUUGGGGUCUUGCAUAUCAGCGGCGGUAGAAAGUCGGCAUUCGGUAUCUGGGCCUCUUUUGUGGGUAUUACGUACGGAAUUUUAGGACUUUACACCAAUGAUCUUGCUACUCCUAUGGCUGCUCAUUCAGCAGCAAAUCUUCUAGGAGCAGCUCUAUGGAAGUACACCAAAGAUUCAAAAUCCGAAGGUUCUAAAACUUGGUAACCACAACAGGACAACCUUGAGCCUCAUAGAUCAUAUUGGUACGAGGAGUGGACGCAUACUGUACAAAUUCAAGGAUAAUUAAUCUUUGUCGAGAAUCUUGUGCCAGUGGUAGUGAAAAAGUAUUGACCUUGGAGACAUACAGAGACGGUAAUGGCAAUUGUCUCAGCAGUGAGCAGUAGAACUAGGUGAGAAGGUGUUUAUAAAUAGAUUACCAAAAUGAUUCACCGUGUAAAGAUUUUGGAUUAGAUAGAAUUGUGAAAUUUGCUUGAUUUCUCUACCACUGCAAAUUUACGUAUUCUCCUGUGUCCCGUAAGUUUGAAUAACCCUGAGUUAUUGGGAUUCAACUUCCGAUUCAUGAUGUUUACCAUGUGCUUGUUGAGUGUAGCAUCUGUGAUGCUAGCUGAGAAGAAUCAAUUGUUGGGCAUGUUGUAAUUCC